AUGACAAACGAAGAAUCAUUUAAACGACGAGCAUCAUUAUCUUUACCUCACGAACGUAUUGAUCCACCAAAUGCUACCAUGGUUGAUAGAAAUAAAGUACAAAUAAGUAUAAAAGAACAUCAACGACAACGUGAUCAAGAAACAGCAACUGUACAGGAGAGAGAAAAACAAUUGAAUAUUCAACGUCAUUCAUUGGCUACUGCAACAGAAAUAGUCGAACAUUUACAUAAGAUAAAUUCAGCAACUGAAACACAUAAUUUUGUUACAAAUGUAAAGAAUAAAAAUAAUCAAUUAAAGAAAUAG